CCGGCUGUUAACACCGGAGUGCUCUGGGAGCGAGCCGGGCUCUGUCAAGCUACCGCUGCCCUGGGCUCGCCUCACUGCUCUCAGGUGCAUUUUUCUUCCAAUUAUAAAGAGGACUUGCUCCCAAGAAACCCGUAUGAGUGAGGCCUCACUCUGCAAUGGAAUCCUGGCCUACCCUGGCCUGGGUUCUGCUACUUAGCCUGAUCGCUGACUGUCUGAAAGCAGUUCAACCUCGAGACUUUACAGUGAAAGAUAUUAUCUACCUUCAUCCUUCAACCACACCAUAUCCUGGUGGAUUUAAAUGUUUCACCUGUGAAAAGGCAGCAGACAAUUAUGAAUGCAACCGAUGGGCUCCAGAUAUCUAUUGUCCAAAAGGGACAAGAUACUGUUACACUCAACACACAUUGGAAGCCAGUGGAGAAAGUAUAUCUGUCACUAAGCGCUGUGUGACACUGGAGGACUGUUUGUCUACUGGAUGCAUAGAUUCAAAACACGAAGGCCACAAGAUCUGCACUUCCUGCUGUGAAGGAAAUAUCUGCAACUUGCCAUUACCCAGAAACGCAACUGAUGCAAUAUUUGCAACGACAUCCCCUAUAAAUCAGACAAAAAGACUUUCCCAACAUAUAUCAAUAAUAACGUCAUGUCUCCUGUUGGUAUUUACUUCAUAGCGAUGUCAUAAGGUGCCAUUUGUAUAGUUGGAAAAGCUUAACUGGAUGAAAACCUUAGUAUCAAUGUAUGACCUUAUCUUAAUAUAUGUUCACAAUCUUAGUAUUUCAACAACAUUCCCAAAAUUUUUGAUUUCUUCUUGAUUUUUGUUUGUUUGUUAAUUUUGGUUAGUAUUGCACCUAAAUGUUCCUGAAGUGUAUUCUCCUGAAGGGGAGAAUAAUCCAAUUGUUUUCACUUAAUAUUUUGAGUAGAAACACAUUUGAAGUAUUUUCAAUGCUAGUGGGUCACCCACAUACACGGGUACAUAGAAUAUUCUUGAAAUUUGUCUUCUCUCUGUGAAGUGGUAAUAUUUGUUAAAAAUAUAUUAUGCAGCUAUAGAAUCAUAUAAUUUGAUUAUUUGAAGCUCUCUCAUGAAGGAGUAUUUAUUUACUGAUUCCAACAGAAUAAUUUGAUUAUCAUAUCAAUCUUUGGCACCUUCCUGAUUUGUUUGGAAACCCCACAGUAGCUAACCUCAGCUCUAUACGCCUGCCCUGUCAUUUUUUUUGCACACCACAAAGUUCAAUGGAUCUGCUGCUUCUCUCUCAGUGAUGUAAAUCAGGAGUAACUCCAUUGAGGUCAGUGGAGUUACACCAGUAUAAAAGUAACAUUAGAGGAGAACUGGGUCCAAUGGGAGAUUGUGAACAAGCUUCAGCUGUUCACAGAUGCCUUCUCUAAAGUAAUCCAUCAACAGUGAAGAUGUUUUUUUUUUUCUUCAUGAGAACCCAGAGAGGAAAAAGAAACCUUCACAUCUGACUUUUAAAAUGUUUGGAUGUGGUGCUGAGCAUGGUGUUGUUACCUGUUGUAAAUAUUCAUCCAUUCUGUAAAGAAUGACAUCACACCUCCAUUUUGUAAGUCAAGCCUGAGAUAUUUUAAAGACCUUAGUUUUUUAAGCUCUAUUGAUCGAAGCAUGGGCUAAAAUACAACCAGCCAGUUUUAGUCUAAGAGAGGAAAAUGUAUAUUAAAAGCUAUUUGAAAGCCUCCUGUGGAAUAUGAUGGUGCAUGACAAGGCAGCACAGCAAAUAGUGCUUCACAAUUUUAUUUCUUUUUACAGCUAGGUGCCCAGUCCUUCAAGGUGCUUAACACUGGCUCUAAUUUAACAAAGCACUUAAGCGCAUGCUUACCUUUAAGCACAUAAGAAGUCCCAUUGAACUCACUGUGUUUUGGAACAACCACAUAGACAUAUUCUGGCUUGAGUCCAUGCAUGCAAGUCCCAGUGAUGUCACUGGGGUAUGGACUUUAAGAGUGAGAGUAAGAUAUAGCUUGACUAAAAUCGACUUUUAUGACAAUAUUUCUAACUACCAUUGUAGACCGUUUUUUCUUUUAUAACUUGGAACUAAAUUACUACUAAAUUAAGAACUGAUCCAGCAAUGUUCCCACUCUCCAAAUUCCUGUUCCCUUCAGUGAGAAUUAUACAUACCAAACAACCGCAGGACUAUGCCUGAGGUUUUGCAUUUAAAAGUAUAUCUCAAAAUGUAUAAAACUGCUAUUUGAAUAGCCACAUGGCAAGAAAAACACUGUAGUGCAUGAUUAUACUCCGACAAAGAAAGACUAAGAAAACGUCAUUUAUUUCUAAUGUUCACUCCCGGCAUAUAGGGUGAAACUUUUACUAGUCUUGGCUAUAUUUUUGGCACCAACUGUUGUGUAUGUCACUUGUAAAUCAUUUAUACAAUAUUUAUUUUUGUAUGGUAUGAUUAGAAUCUAAUGUAUUGUUGUUGUUUUUUUUAAAAAAAACAUUCUUAAGAACAAUUUACCCUAAUAGGAUAGUUGGUUUAAGAUUGGGUAAAACUGUAAUAUAUACUAUGAUAAUUUAUAAUAUUUUGCACCAGUGUUGAAAAAAGAUUAACUUGCUUUACAAGGUCAGUAGUAAAUUAAAGUUUCCUUCACUGGUUUAACUUAAAACUAAACAAAAAAGUAGGUGGAACUUUGAUAGACUGUACAAUGUAUAACUAUACAUUUAAGUGUUUUUGAGCUAUUUUUGGUUAGCAAGAAUCAACUGAUAACUUGCACUUUAUCAAAUUACAAUACAGGUUUAUGCUCUGAGGCUUAUGUGAUGAAAUGUAUUAUAAAGAGAGAGGAAAUAUUGCUGGAAUCCAAGUGCUCUGUAAAAAAUCUUCGAUAAGAAAUUGCCUUCUGAAUGGCAUAAAAAUUAUCCACAAACACUAAUCCUGUAGAGUUUCUUCAAAAUAUCAAUAAUCUCUAGACACUGUUGAUGCUGGUAAGCAAUGCUCUUGUCUUAGUUGUAAUGGCCAAUGGCUUCUUUUGGGCUACACAGCUGUACUAUUUAGGAUUGUGUGAAAGAUUUUGUUAUGGGAAAAUUGCAAAACCACACAAUUCAUCUGAACCCUCCCACCCAUGCCCCACACAUUUUUGAGGGAUUGGAGAACUUUCGCUUGUGUGAAAAUUCAGGUAUUUUUACACAUUUCAGUGUGAAAAUUGAGCUUUACCCCCCCCUUUUUUUUAAAGUUGAAUUUUACUUCCAAAUAAAACUGAGUGAAAGUUGGCCCAUUUUCAUUCACAAAUGGUCAUGUUCUUGGUCAAAAGCCAUUGAAUUUCGGUGUUUUCAUCCAGUUGCAUCAUGUUUAUGGCAUUGCAGUAAAAUAUGUGGAUCUCUAAUUUGAGUGACCAGCUCAACCAUCCCUGUUAUUAAUUACAAGGGUGGUUGCAAUCUGCUAGUUUUAUGCAAGGGAGGCCUGCCCUUUGGGCUCCUGGCGAGUUAAUGGUGUGGCCCUCAAUUGCACAAAGUUUGGUCCCCUCUUGAGUAGACUUUCUUAGGUUAUUAAAGCCCAAUCCUGUGAGCUGCUCUGCACCCUCAACUCCCAUUGGCAUUAGAGCUGCAUAGGUCAGCCACUGAGAUUGCAAGAGUAGUCUCUCUAUAUGUAAGCCGUAUCUCUAUACACCUCUACCCCGAUGUCCUCGGGAGCCAAAAAAUCUUACUGCGUUAUAGGUGAAACCGCGAUAUAUCGAACUUGCUUUGAUCCGCUGGAGUGCGCAGCCCCGCCCCCCCGUAGCGCUGCUUUACUACGUUAUAUCUGAAUUCGUGUUAUAUCAGGUCGCGUUAUAUCGGGGUAGAGGUGUAUUUAAUACUUUUCCUGUAGAAUUUACAUUUUUGAUUCUUGGUUAACUGGGUGAUAUUUUUAAGUUACUGCUGAAGCCUCACCAAACGUAACAUUUUGAUGAGCUAGAUGAGUCGAACCAUCUUGACUAUGCUGUGGCUAUCCUUUUUACUAGGGAGGGAUUAUAUUUUAUUAAUAGUAAGAGCAUUGAAAAAAAGGUUUUGUACAUACCGUUUGUACAGUUAAAUGACAUAUGGCUAAAUUCUGGGUGUGUCUGUGCAGAUGCACUCGCAGGCAAGAAAGCCCUGGGAGCCACUAUGCAGACCUCAUAUCACGGGAGUGCUAGACUGAGACAUGGCUUGUGAACUCAGUAAUGCUCUCCAGCCAUAGCAAGUACAAAGCUGUGUCAAGGCACAUACUCAUCUUUCCAAAGCAACAGGUACAGCCACUGCUAAUCAUGUUCUCCAGCAGCAACCCAAGCUAUUCUGAUGGUUUCAUCAUUGCAUAGAUAGAAUGAUUCAGGCUUCUUCUACUUUGCAGCUCCAUCUCCUCUAAUCUCAUCCCCAUCAGUGCAUUGCAGGUGUGCAAGGACCCAGUCUUGUCCGUAAAAGGAGAAGUUGGAACGAAGUUGCUACCAGUUCUGUUAUAUACAGAUACAUGGGGUUUGGUCAACAAAUAAGUUAAAGUUACUGGGAAUGUACAGUGUGGGAAAUAGCUGUAUUUAUAAUAGUUUUUUUUUUUUUAAAUAAAUUCUCUGAAAACAAUGUUUACGGAGAAUCUGUGCAUAAUUCUCCUCUUUGCCCCAAACUCUUAGUGCACCAGCCAGUCUGUGGAUGUAGUAUGAUAUUUUAAUAGCAUAUAAAUGUUGAGAUGCUACAUAUUUAUUUUUAGGUUCUGAACAAUAUAUCUUCUUUUUAAAUAUCUGAUUUUUAAAUGUUGUAAAUAUUGUACAUUGUGUAAAUAAAUGAGGU